GCCUACAGUAUGGAAAGCUAUUCACAGAAUAUUAAUUUUGAAAAUGUCCAGAAGAACAUCAAACCACAUAACAUUGGAUCAGAAAGGAAAGAAUUUUGUCAGAGCAUACAUGCUGAAUUUAUAAAGAGAGAUGAAAGACUAGCAGAAAUCGAAAAAGUUAAGUCUAAGAUGACAGAAGUCUAUAAGGAAUUAAAGAUGAAAGUGCCUGUUGUCCGGAGUGUGUCCAAUCCCCUUGAAGAUGCUGAUCAGGCAAAUCUGAAAGAAAAUAGUGAAACAAAACAAGACCAGAAAUGCCACAAAAACAAGGUAUCUAGAAGAAAGUACUUUCAGAACUUGAAGAAGAGGAUUCUACGAUUAUUUCAUUGCUGUGUGUCCCCCUCGUUAGAGGAUGAGAGCUAGUUAACUUUAUUUGUUAAUUUUA